CGGCGACUAGACUGCGCAUGCGUGUCAGUGGCGUUUGCAGCGGACCGGGCUGGCAGUUCCUUCCUCGGAAGGGAAGAUUCCUCUGCCAUGGAGUCCUACGAUGUGAUCGCCAAUCAGCCUGUUGUGAUCGACAACGGAUCCGGUGUGAUUAAAGCUGGUUUUGCUGGUGAUCAGAUCCCCAAAUACUGCUUUCCAAACUAUGUGGGCAGACCCAAACAUGUUCGUGUCAUGGCAGGAGCCCUUGAAGGUGACAUCUUCAUUGGCCCCAAAGCUGAGGAGCACCGAGGGCUGCUGUCCAUCCGCUACCCCAUGGAACACGGCAUCGUCAAGGACUGGAAUGACAUGGAGCGGAUCUGGCAAUAUGUCUACUCUAAGGACCAGCUGCAGACUUUCUCCGAGGAGCAUCCUGUGCUCCUGACCGAGGCUCCUCUAAACCCUCGGAAGAACCGUGAGCGGGCUGCAGAAGUUUUCUUCGAGACCUUCAACGUGCCAGCUCUCUUCAUCUCCAUGCAAGCUGUGCUUAGCCUUUAUGCCACAGGCAGGACCACGGGCGUGGUGCUGGAUUCUGGGGAUGGUGUCACCCAUGCAGUCCCGAUUUAUGAAGGCUUCGCCAUGCCUCACUCUAUCAUGCGCGUCGACAUUGCUGGCCGAGAUGUCUCUCGUUUCCUUCGCCUCUACCUACGUAAGGAGGGCUAUGAUUUCCACUCCUCCUCCGAGUUUGAGAUUGUCAAGGCCAUAAAGGAAAGAGCCUGCUACCUGUCCAUAAACCCUCAGAAGGAUGAGACACUAGAGACCGAGAAGGCACAGUACUACCUGCCCGAUGGCAGCACCAUCGAGAUCGGCCCUUCCAGGUUCCGUGCCCCUGAGCUGCUGUUCAGGCCAGACUUGAUUGGGGAGGAGAGUGAGGGCGUCCAUGAGGUCCUGGUGUUCGCCAUCCAGAAGUCUGACAUGGACUUACGGCGUACACUCUUUUCCAACAUCGUCCUCUCAGGAGGGUCUACUCUGUUCAAAGGUUUUGGUGACAGGCUACUGAGCGAAGUGAAGAAACUGGCCCCCAAAGACGUGAAGAUCAGGAUAUCUGCACCCCAGGAGAGACUGUAUUCCACGUGGAUUGGAGGCUCUAUCCUUGCUUCCCUGGACACCUUUAAGAAGAUGUGGGUCUCCAAGAAGGAAUACGAAGAAGAUGGUGCCCGGUCCAUCCACAGGAAAACCUUCUAAUAUUGAGACGUCACCUUCACCUCCCUCUGAAGUUAACUCCACUUGAAAACUCGCUUUCUUGAGUUGGAGUGUUGGAGAGGAACUGCCUGUAUGUGUGAGUGAGUGUGUGGGUAUGUAUGAGUGUGUGCGCAUAUCGAGUGCCGUGUGGCCCAGGGAUCCUGGGCCCAGAAAGGACAUUGAACUACCCACGAUGGUGAUGGCCUGAGGCCUGGGGUUGACUACUAACUGGCCCCUUCCAGGGAAGAGCUCUGGCAGAGGCCCACUCCUUUCUCAGCUAGGCCUUUGGCUGGCUGUGUGGAACUAUGGUUACUACCAUAGAGAGACCUUGCUGCUGCCAAUCUAGGCUGGGCUGGCCCCACCCCACCCCAGAGUGCCGUGAGGCUGGAGGCAGCUGCUGGCUCCCCUGCUCACCAUUCUGCUGUCCAUGCCUCUGGAUCAGACUGAGAACUGCGGCUGGGGCUAAGUGCUGUCUGGCUUUGUUUCAUUUUGGGUUUGGGAGACUGAAAAAGCGCUCCAACAGUGGCUGUAGACUGGUCUCAGGAGACAGCAGGGUACACUCAUGGCCACAGGGAACCAGGUAGGAACCAGGACCACACUGGGCAUUUGAGGAGGACAGGGAAUAGCUGCAGGGUUAAUUUACAAGCCCCAGCCACAUCCAGGGGUCCUGGGAAACUGUAAGGACCUGUGGGCUCCAGCUCCUGGAUUUGCUUCUCAUCCACCCUUGUUCCAAUGCCAUCUUCACAGUUUUAUUUAUUGUACGUUUAUUCGGUAAAGGGACUGCAGAGAGGGCUCACUGUCCCCUGCUUACACACCACCGGUCACCUUGCUUACACUAAUGUUUACAGCACCUAGGCUUUCCAUAGCAUCCGGGCCGUCACCCCUGCUGAUUGUGAACUGACAGUAUUCAUAGGCCUCAGGACUCUGCGGGAUUGGAGGCUGCACACAGAGGUGCCCAGGCAGUCUCUUCUUUCCUCCUUCCUCCGUUUGCUCACUGCCCUGGAACCACCAGGCUGGUUGCGGCUGGAUUUUCAAAACAGGAAAUCGCAUCACUCUUUGGCAGAGGCCUCUUGCGAGGGAGGUAUGUUGGAGAUCUAGACCCUUGAAAACUAAGACAGCUGCAGUUGACCAUGUUGCCUUCCGCCACUCUAGCUGACGAGGGAGGCUAGGGUAAAGUGGUGGGGAGGCCCCUUCUGGGCUGGCCAAAGGCCCCCCUGACUUUGCACCUGUUUGGGAAUGGAGAGAAGGGCCCAGACCAAAGUGCCAAGAACUGAUGGGCUCUGGCCUGGCUCUCAGAAGCGGUCCAAGGACCUUUGUACCCACACAGUACAAAGCUAGGGCGAGCCCGUCUGCACCGACAUUCUCACCAGUGAUACCAGGUCCACCUCAGCUCCAGAUUCCAGACAGUAUUCUCUCUCCACCAUCCUAUGACCAAAGGCCCCUGCCAGAUGUAAGCUGAAGCUGGUGUGUGUGGAAUCAAUGUGGCAACCCAUGGACUGCAGUGCGCUUAACCAGCUCCAUCUCUCUUAGCCCAAGCCUGUCCCUUGCAGAGCCUCGCAGAGCCACGUUGCCUGGUGGGGCCCAGUGUACUUAAAUAAAGUCGUUCCAAUAGA